UGUUAUAUAUAAGCCAAUAAAUUUCACGGAUCCUCUCAUCAGUCUCUUUACUUUGCAAAUGGCUAAUCCUGCAUUUGAUGAUCUCCAGGGAGUUGAGAGAAUGGUGUCUGCAGCUCCACCAGCUCAGUAUGUGGUCAAAAUACAUUCAUACUCAUCUCUCUCAAUGAACUCUGUGGACAGGUAUGAGUCGGGGGUCUUCCAAGCUGGGGGCUACAAAUGGAAGCUGGUUAUUUACCCAAAUGGGAACAAGAGCAAGAAUGUGAAGGAGCAUGUCUCGCUUUACCUGUCAAUGGCAGAAACAAGCUCGCUCCCCUCAGGUUGGGAAGUUCAUGCUUUAGUUAGAUUCUCUCUGCGUGACCAGCACAAAGACAAUUACUUGAUAAUCCAAGCAGAAGCCAUGAGAAAGGAAUGGCACUUUGACGCGAUGAAUUUCGAAUGUGGCUUCGACCAAUUCAUUCCUCUGAAGACGUUUAAUGAUGCGCGGAACGGAUAUCUCGUGGAUGAUACAUGUGUGUUCGGCGCGGAAGUUUUCGUCACGAGAGAAAAGAGCACCGGCCAAGGAGAGAACCUGUCGAUGAUAAAGGACGCAAUCAGUCAGAAGCACGUGUGGUGGGUCUUUAACUUCUCACAAUGGAACAAGGAAUUCUACGACUCGACAGUAUUCAUAGCCGGAAACCAGAAAUGGAAAAUACGGCUCUAUCCGAACGGGAAGGGAAGCGGACUCGGAGGUUUCGUCUCAGUGUAUUUAGUUUCUGCCGACGUGGACACCCUUCCUCCUGUCACUAAAGUAUUUGCAAGCUACUCGCUGCGCCUCAUGAAUCAGUAUCUAGAAAAUGCUUACACUGGAAAAGGUAAUCACUGGUUCAGCGCUUUGAACCAGGAGUCCGGUUGGGCGAGAUUCAUUCCGCAUGCCAACCUUCGUUCUCUGAACGCAAACUAUUCGGUGAAGGACACUUACGUGGUGGACGCAGAGGUCACUGUCCUCGGCGUGGCAAGUGCGGCGCUGUGAAGCUGCUAUCCUGUCAGGAUUCCCACCGUCAAUCAGUAUUAUCGUUGUAAAUAUGUUCAUACCAGCACAGCAAUGAUAUGAUACAGACUAUUUCCGG